AUGUGGUUCAAAAUUCUCCUGGGCCUGGCCAUUAUGGGUGUAUGCCUGAUGAUCCCAGGAAUUAGCACCGCUCUCAUCUGUAAGUACAGCAAUGGGGGCAAGGAAAAGAGAAUUGCCCGUGAUCGAUACCAGUGGGCUCUAUUGGAAAGGGACAGGAGGAUGUCUGGAUUCUGUCGUCAUUAUGAGGCCAAGGGGUUGGAGAACAUAACCAAAGAUAUAUAA